UUUUGAGUUCCCAAAGUUUGUGAAUACAUAUAUCUUUUCCCUUCCUAUUUCCUUGGCUCCUUCCAUUUACAUAGAUUCCAAACCAAACAUGAAUUCAGAAAGAGAAAACAAUAAUAAGGCCAUAGUGAAAACUCUUUAUAAGGCAUUAGCAUGUACAUGUGGUGACACUAAAAAAGUUACCGGUAUUAUUGUUGAUGACUUAGAAUGGUGGUUUCAUGGACCACAAAAUUGUCACUAUCUGAUGAAACUUCUCACUGGAGAACAGUCUAAUAAUAAUAAUUCUUUUAAGUUUGAGCCAAGAAGUGUAGAUGCUAUCGAUGAUCGUGUUAUCGUUGAAGGAUGGGAAGGUGCAAAAGCUUAUUGGGUACAUGUUUGGACAUUUAAAGAUGGUGUUAUUACUCAAUUUAGGGAGUAUUUCAAUACUUGGCUUACUGUGACGGAGUUGAGGCCUAUGGGUUGGCUGCGCUCCACCACACUGUGGCAGAGCCACCCUCGAGACCUCGCGAAACGCUCACUUCCGGGGCUUAUGCUCGCAAUUUGAAAGUGGUGAACGGAUGUGUCAUGUCAUGUAGUACUAUAUAUAUAAUCCGUUAGGGAAAAGAAAGCAAGGGGUGUUUGCCUUCUUCCUUACCUAAGUGUGAAAAAAUGUUAAUGUUCAAAGUUUGGUUACAUAUCCAACGGACAAUUUGAUGAAAUAUUGUUCCAUUUUAAUGUAGGAGUGUUUGACUUGGCAUGGUGUUUAAGAAAACAAGGAAGACUUUUGAAAAUUGUGGUUUAAAAUAAUUGUUAUUAUUUAUUUGGUUGUAAAUCAUUUCAUUAAGAGUAAAAGGAAAA